CCGUCGCAGCGCCGCGGCGCAAGGGGCAGCCGUCGGGGCAACUAGCGGCGCAGCGCCCCCUGCCGCCGCCGCCCUCUUCGGGGCCGAGCGGGAUCAAGUGGCCGAGGCCGAGUCAGCUGCAUCCGGCUCCGGCAUUCCAAGGCGCUCUUGGGUUUUCUCCUGCGGGCGCUGAGCUAAGCCCCGGGCUAUAAAUACCCUCCCUGGAAGACUCUCCCCCAGGAUCGUCUGUCUGUUGACAGCAGGAGGUUGCUGGGAAGGCCGGGGGGGGAGCCCGGCGUUGUGUCUGCCCCCCCUAGACCAAGAAAGGCGCGCACCCUGGAUCCGAACCCCCCGGGAUGGCUACCCCGCGCCCCAUCUCGCUCCUGCUGUGCUUGGCUCUGGUGACGUUGUGCCAGGGUGGCUGCGUGGAGGUGGACUCGUACACCGAGGCCGUGGCUGGCAACAGCUUCCAGAUCUUGUGCAUCUCCUGCAAGAAGCGCAGCGAGACGGAGGCGGAGGCCUUUACUGAGUGGUUCUUCAAGCAGAAGGGGGAGGAAGAAUAUGUCAAGAUCCUUCGCUAUGACCCAGAUGAGAGGCUCAACGUGAUGGAUCCUCGCUUUGAGGGCCUGGUUCAUUGGAACGGGACCAAGCACAUCCGGGACUUGCAGGAUCUUUCCAUCUUCAUUCUUAAUGUGACCUUUGACCAUAUGGGUGAAUAUGUCUGCACUGUCAACCGCACACUCUUUUUCGCGGCGGAGUUCACACACAACAUCAUGGUCAACAAGACCAUCCAUGUUACGGUGGUAGAGAAACAAAACCGGGAAAUGGCAUCCAUCGUUUCCGAGAUCAUGAUGUACGUUCUCAUCGUCGUCCUGACCAUCUGGCUGGUGGCUGAGAUGGUCUACUGCUACAAGAAGAUCGCCGCGGCGACGGAGGCAGCUGCUCAAGAGAAUGCCUCUGAGUACUUGGCUAUCACGUCGGAAAGUAAGGAAAACUGUACAGGGGUGCAGGUAGCUGAAUAGCCCACGUAGGGCUGUUGGCGGGCACAGGAAUUCCUGGCUGGCAGGGAUGAGGAGGACGAUGGCGGAGAGGGAAAGUGACUCAGCAGAGGCAUCAGCAGCCCCUGAGAAGAUUUGAGCUGGAGCCAAGCAGCCGCUCCCCCCCCCCCCGCUGCACGGCCUCCCCUCCCCCACCUCCCCCUUUAACCAAGCAUGCUAUUUUUUUAAUAAUAAUAAAAAAGAGCUCUGUAUCUGGCCCUGCUACCUAGGGACAGGGGACGUGUGUUUCUGAAGGGAAUUUUUUUUGGGGGGGGGUGGGGAGGUGGCUCGUUCCGGCAGGCACCUUGCUGUUACUUUUCAAGGUCACCUCCUUUUCGCCUUCUGUCGAGCAAAGGGUCGCCUCUGCCGCAAUGCAUGAGGAGAAAGCGGUAUGGCUGCUCGCAAACACACACAAAGCUUGGGGCCCCUUUGCUGCUGUGGCCCCCCGUUGCGCCGCCUGUGGCCUCUUUUCUUUAAGAGCAAUUGCACUUGCGCUUUCUGAUUUUUUGCACAUUUAUUGCGCUUCCCCCUUGCCCUCCCUUUACUUCGCUACCAGCACUUUCUAUGGGUCUGAGGAGAGGAGGCCCCUGCGGUUUGCAAUUGCCUGGCUCCCCGACAUUCCCCCUCCUUUCAUGUCAUGUUGUUAGGCCUCUGCCUUGACCUCUCUGUUCCCAGGGCAGCCACAUCCAGCAAGGAACUGGAGUGGAGAAAGGUAUUCGAGAUGGCCGUCACACAAGGCCUGACCCUUAGAGAGGACCUUAAGAUGGGGGCGCUAAUCUGGGAAUACCUUUGAGGGGGUGAAUAUCUGAUAUAUAUCUGGAUAUAUGAACUGUGACAAUACAGAGGCCUGCCCUGGCAGGAUCCCGCCAUUUUAUUGUCUUGACAGGAUUUCCCUCAAGGGUGUCCCCCUGACGGAAGGUUUUGCUCAAGGGAUCUUGCAAAAGGAAGAUGCCACAGAGCAGAAAUUUGAUUGGUGCAGGGGGCCUGGAUCCAGACGUUGCUCCUUUUGCUGUGUGUCCCCAGACUUUGUUACUGUUCUGCCCUUCCUGGCGUCUUGUCGAAUGCGCUUCCCGAUCUUCGCCCCCGGCACAUAUCAGUUCCUCCCACGAUGCCUUCAUGCCUUUCCCCCUCCUCACAUUUCCAUUUCCUACAUCCAGCGCCACUCAGUCAGGCCAUUUUGGCUCUUCGGGGAAUACUGUGCCCUCCCCUCUCCUCAGACCCCGGGGCUGGUCCCAGGGACCAGCUGCCCACCAUCACAAUAAUAGAAUAGAGUUUGUUCAUAAAUAAAUAAUAAAAAAAAUAUUGGAUUUCA